AGGAACACCAGGUACAUUCCCAGCACCUACCUGAACCACGAACACGCUCAAGUUUUUCAAAGCCAGAGCAAGAAUGAGUGCUCUUUCAACAGUGUUGAUGUCUUGAGAAGCAAUAUAAUUUGGAUCUAGGAGUAACCUUUUAGUUUCCAGAAUGGAGGAAAACUCUUCCAGUAGUGGAACAGAUUCCGUAACCAGUGGAGAGAUUCCACGGAGCAGGUCAGAGGGAACUUUGAUUGAUAUGGAUGACCAGACAACUUCAGCCAGCUACAAUGUCAAUGAAAGUAAAAUGAACUUGGAUAUUGAGUGGCCCAGUGUAUUCAAACACACCCAUGCUGUUUCCAAGACUAAUCCUUUCUGGAAUGAGCUAUCAGCCUCCAACCCAUUCGUACAUGACAUAGCUGCUUCAAAUAGAAGUGAAAAUAAUAAGUACCUUUCGAUCUUAAAAGAAAAACCCUAUUUGUUCUCUAUAGCUUCUAGCAACAGUGAUUCUUUGGCUUCCUCAGGUGAUGAGCUAAAUAUUGAUUGUCUUCUAAGAAAGUCUUCAGCAAGAAGAUCUGGACUAUCCAAGAGUGUCUCUGACUUACUGGAUAUUAACCAAAGAUUUAUUCCUCGCAAGAAAACACCUCAAAAAACUAUAGCCUCAGACAUAACAGGGCUUCAAAAUGACCGUGAAGCCUACAAGAAUGCUUGGUUGAGUCACCGCCAACUCACCCGGUCUUGCCUAGACUUAGAAGCCAUGAGCCACAGUCCUGGAUGGGCACAAACACAAGCUACAGAUAUUCAUGUAGUUUGUAAACUGAAUCAUGAAGGGGGUUCAGUACAGCUACCUGACUCAGAUAUAAACAUUCAUGUCCCUAUGGGUCAUGUGUUACCUGGGGAAUUCCAAGAAGUUGGUUUGAAGGCUAUCCUUAACCCUCCGUUAUCCUUUAACAAUGAACUGUCUAUCGCUGUAAGUCCUCUGAUAGAACUUCGGUUGAGCAACCUCAACACAAAGGAAGCCAUUUUCCUAGAGGUGAAAGUUGCAGCUAAAGUGAAGAAUGAUCCACUCAGCCAAGUUAUGAGUGAUAUUGUGUGUUUUUCUAGUCUCAGUAAAGAAGGGCCUUUUAAGAAGUUAGAGAAUUGCUACACUUAUCAAGAUACUGUGCAAGUGAAGCUAACAGACCUAAGUCAUGUGAUGUAUGCAGUAAUUGCUGUACAAGCAAACAAAAUCCAGCCUCCAGCAACUAAUGUUUGGGACUAUGUUCAUCGAACAGUGUCAGUUGGAAUUUAUGGUCCAAAAUAUAUUCAUCCAUCUUUUACAGCAGUUUUUACAGUCUUUGGUCAUAACUACAUUCCAGAAAAACUUGCAAUUUGUGAUAUAAAAAAGGGGAGGAAAAACAUGCCUCCUGUUGUGUUUCAACUGUGGGGAAAACAUACAUUUCUUCUUGAAAAGCCACAAGAUCUAAACAUUUCUUUGGUAUCCUGUGAUCCAGAUUUUGAAGUGAAGGUGGAUGACCAAAGCAAAAAUAUUAAAGAAGAGGAGCUGAAAACUGGUGAAAUGGUCCAGCAACAAUUUCUGUUUUCCAUGCUUGGAUGUAGAGAGAUGCAUUUCUUUGUUUUCCUCGUUCAGAUUAAAGUUUUAAAAAGCAGCCAAGUAACUCAGUUCCAUGUUACGACUCCUGAUCCAGCUCCAAAGUUAAGUGGAAUUAUCAACAGACCAAAGUGCUUACAAAACUACAAACAAAUCAAGUCUGCACCUUUACUUCUAAUACCAACAGUUAAGUAUCCAAAGUUUCAAGAUAAAUCUUUAAACGUUAAUACUUAUGGAGUGGCUUUGAAAACUGUGUUACGUCAAAAUAAGAUUGACUAUUUGCUAGAAUAUUUUAAAGGGGACACAAUAGCACUCCUUGGUGAAGAUAAAGUAAAAGCCAUUGGACAAACUAAAAUAAAAGAGUGGUACGUAGGAGUUCUCAGAAGAAAGAUUGGUCUUGUACAUUGCAAAAACAUAAAAGUGAUUUCCAAAGAACAAGCUAUGGACACUGCCGAUAGUGAGCUAACGACUAGGAAUCUUGUUGAACAAAUUGCUUUACCAUUCAAAAAACUGACUUAUAUCUAUUCAGUAGUUCUGUCUACAGUAUCAGAGAAUGUUUAUGACUGGAGAGCUUUGGCUGAUGUGUUAGGAUAUUUGCAGAUGUCUUUGGAUGACUUUAAUGAGGCACAUGCUGAUAAAGAAUCAGAAAGAGUCGCAUACAUUGUGAAGAGGAUGAAGGAAGAUUGUCAUGCUAACAAGAAAAAAAGACUUUUUCUGUAUGAACUCAUUGUUGCACUUUUGAAAAUAGAUUGCCAGGGAUUAGUGGCACGUCUUACCCAGGACACCAUCAUAUUAACUUCAGCUGUCAAGCUUGGCAAAUACUGGCGGGAGCUUGCAGAGAAGCUAGCCCGACUCACAAAGCAGCAAAUUGAGGCUUAUGAAGUACCCCACCAAGGGAGAAAUGGAACAGUAGCUCUGGAGAUGAUGUGGAAACCUGCAUAUGACUUUCUCUACACGUGGGCAGCCCAUUAUGGAGAUAGUUACAGAGAUGUCUUACAAGACCUACAAUCAGCCUUGGAUAAAAUGAAAAACCCAGUAACGAAACAAUGGCGAGAGUUAACUGGAACUUUGAUUCUUGUGAAUUGCAUGGAAGUGUUAAGGGCAAGUGCUUUUUCCAAAAUGGAGGAAGAAGAAUAGACUACUGGGAUAUUUUUUGAAAAAUUUCUUGUGAAACUGUAGUGCUGAUAUUUGUGUUUCAGUGAUGCAUGCAGAGCAGGACAGAAAGCAGUUUGUUUUCCUUGACCCGAUGAUGAGUCUAGCUCCAUUGUUCUUGGCAACAGAUUGCUAGAGCUUACUAAUGGCUACUGAGUAAAUAAGAGUGGGGGAAUUAAACUUGUGAGGUCAACAAAAAGUCUCAAAUUUGGCAGGAUGGUUUCUAAAAGGAGCUAAGUUUACAAUAUUUUCAGUGAGGUAUUAAAAAUCUAAAUAUUUUAAUACAUUAUUGUAAUUGAUGCUCAAAAUCCUCAACUCUAAGACAGGGAGUCCAGGUUAGCCCAGAGAAAACUUUAGGCUUCAUUUGGCCUUAACUGGGACAAAAUGAAUCUCAUUUUCUCACAAAACAGGAAUUAAUGAGUUAUUUUCACUUGGAAAAAUAGGUUUGUGCUUCUCAGUCCUUGUAAAACAGCUGCUGGUGUCAGACAGGCAAUUUAAUGCUCAAAUGACUGGUUUGGAUUGAUUUAUUGCUGUAAAUGUCUAGACCCAGCUGUGCAGAAAUCCAAGAAAAUGCAGGAAGCCUUCUUGGUGUACACUGUCCACCCCCUGAUCAUUUGUUUUUUCCUACUCUGCUGUUAGAUAUGUAGAUAGAGUGGCUUUGUAGGUACAAGAGGUGUAGACAGUUCUUACUUCUGUUGAACAUUUUCUUCUACCUUACUGUAUAAAGGAUAUGGUUAAUGGCUAUUAUUUUCUCAAAAGAAGUUAACAGUGGGGUGCUUUUUAGAUUCAUUAAUUUAUGGAACACUUAAUUAUCAUCAGUUAUAUGUUCUAAAAAGAACCUUGCUUAGGUGCUAUCAAUAAAAAUCUUUCCAUUACUGAAUAUCUUACUAUAGAUGUAGAAAAUAAGGCUGAAUAAUAGCUACAGGCUAACCAGCUUUAUUUAUUUUCAUCAGCAUUAGAUAUUAAAUAUAUUUUAUUUAAGUGGUAGAUCUAAAAGGUUAAAGCCAUUUUGAGCACAUUUGAACAACAUUCAUUCAGAAACAUCACCAAAUAUUCAUGACAACCAGUUGAAAAGAAAAUUGGUGUUCUGCCAUCACUUGCAGUUGACAAGACAAAGCCAAAUUCUUUCAGGAGUACCACAAAGUAGUAAUGUGUCAGUCCAAAACUUGUGUUUCCACUGUUCUCUUAGCUCACCUUUACUAAGAAGGCAAGUUUUGUGAUUCUAAAACAAAACAGUCCAUUUAAACAUUUUUUCCCCCCUCCCCUUUCCUCUAACCUGCUUUCUUUUCUACUUUCAUUAAGCUUUCCCAAAGCAAGCAUAGCUCAGGAAAGAGACUGAGGUUAAAGCACUUACUCCAGUAACAGGAAAUCUCAGUUGACAAAAGACAUUUUAACAUCAAGGCAUGGCUGAAUUAGCAUGUGUGCAAGUUAUCUGGCUUCAGUGGAUUUCCUCCUGAUUUGCAACAGAAUGAGGAAUUCAGCCCACAGAACAGUGACUGGUUUUGCUUGAUAAAGUAAUGGUGGUGAAAAAAAGCAUCAGAUUAUCAAAGAUCCCUGGUGUUUCAGGUGCUAGAGGCUAUGCUAUCUUGCCCUGUGCAGUUUUUAAAAAGAGUUGCAGUGAAAAUACAAAAUAACAUUCUCUUGUUAUGUAUACUUCAGUACUGAGACCAACUGUUCAUUCCUUCUUGCAGGCAGUGAAGCUUCCAAACAGGCAGAAAGUAUCUGCUGAUUUUCUCUUUCAUGCUGCUGCGUAAGGAAAAGGCAUGUACUAGUUCCUUUUAAAAUAGACUUCCUUAAAGGUAAAAAGAUAAAUUCAAACAUUAAAUUAUAAAUAUUACAAAUAGACAUUAAAUUAAAAGAAAAAUGUCUUUGAUGCUUGCAAUAUACCACUGUGUUCUCCCAGGGGAAAUUUUUUUUGUAGACUUCCCAGACUGCUGCCACUUUCACCUUAGACCCUUCUCAUAGCAGAGACUGUGAAACCUGAACUGGAUUUUGCAGUGAUGCAGCAGGUCACACACCAUCUCCCUGCCUAAAACUGCAAGGAAAUACUUUUUUUUUGUUUUUUCUCCCUAAGAGCUAUCUAGCUGAACAGAGGAGAUCACAGAGUAUAUCUUUCAGCUUCACCACCUUCUCUCACCAGUUGAUCUUCACAUGUCCCAGCAGACCAUGCUCCCUUACUUAAAUCAUUGGUAAAGCCACCUGUUUUCUCUUUCUCUUUUCCCCCUUAUCCUCCCCUUCUGUUUUUCUUCUCUUUUGUUAACUUGGCUGCAACAACAGGCUUACUCCUGAAGGUAUCUGGUUCCAUUUUUUUUUUUUUUGCACAUCUUAAUUUCCUAUCUUUAGUAAAUGAGUGUUUACUACAUGACCUAUUGAAAAAGAAAGCAAUUUCUUAGUUCAGGACUGCUUUUCCUACUAGUCUAAAGAGAGAGGAAAGCUACCAGAAGCACAUAUUGCUCUUUCAGUGAUUCUACCAAAUAUGAAAGAUAAGCUACCCAAAGCCCUCAAGGAUGAAAGCCAAUCCCUCCUGAGAAGGUGGUAAGUGAUCAGAAACUUGUGAAGAGAAGUGCUCAGGGAGCAGAGAUACUGCCUGAUACUAUUGUGGCCAGGCCCUCUCAUUGCUGUCAAACAACAGCAAAGUUGUUUCUGACUUGAAUAAGAGUUGAAUUUGGCCCAGUACAUUUAGAAUAUAUUGACUUAGUGAAUCAAUGUUCUCAACUUGCAGAAUUAUGAAACUGAUCCUCAAAGUAUAUUUCUUUAAAAGGGAAUUUGUCUAUAGUUGUGCUGUACUCCAGGGAACUUGAUUGUGGGCUUUGGUUGUUAAUUGUGCUUCCUACUUUUGCUUUAAGCUUCUACUCAUAUGAAUGAAAUGUGCACUCAGGCAAUAUUCUGUUUACUUUAGUAGCCCACAUUGGAGAUACAUGUGUGUGUGUAUAUAUAUAUAUAUAUAUAAGGUAUUAAAUCCCCAUAUUUUAUUUAGCACUCAAGUGUUCAAAACCACAAAAUGCCAGUUGAGAGUAGAAGCAGCUGCACUCUGCAGCAGCACACAGCUAGCAGCACAUGGCUUUCGUAAACAUGCUCUGUUCUUGACCUUUCCCCUUUCCUCCCACCCUGUCAAGAGAGAACAGCUUUCUCAUGAGCCUGCACACAUACCUUCUUGGGUUUCUGUGAGGCAGAGUGAGAUUAACAACUCCUUGGGAGGAGACAAGGAAAAAUAUCAGCCUCUGGUCCUUGCCUGAAAUGACUCUCUGUUUCCCAUUAUUUUUGGGUAGCCUGGGGAAAAGAGCAGUGUCAGCCAGUUCCAUUUCCUUCUGUAUGUGUAGGCUGAAAAAACCUAACCCUUUUGCCGCCUUCUAAUCCCUGAAUACAUAUGUUUUUAAGCAAAGGAACAAAUGUAAAGCUGUCAGAGGACCAAUUACUUUAUGAUGCCACUUUUCUAUGAAAGCUGGAAAAAUGAAUCAUUUGGGUAUGGCUGCACUUGAGUGGGGCAGACACCUUUCAUAGUGCGCAGCAGCAAGGAAAAUCUUGCUGCCGCUCAUGCUAGAAAUACUAGGCUUUUUCUCAGAGAAGUUGGAAGACAUUUGUAUUGUUUUAGUGCAGAGGUCUCUCAGCUCAAUGUUAUUUAACAGCACAGUACACUGAUGUAUUUCUGAAUUCAAAACAGUCAAGGUAGGAGAUAAAAGGCAAAUUAUUCCCCAACAUCAAUUCCAGUCUUCCAGUUGAGUUUGAAGAAGGCUUCUGUUCCAUGGGGGGUUUUUUGGUAUUUUUUUGGAAAGCAUAGAUUUAGCAAAGGAAAAGGAAGUUUCUUUUAAAGUUGGAUGUCAAGAGCAAGCCACAGGUUGAGGGGCAUUCUUGGUGUAAUUUUCUAGGGAGGGAAAACAGGAAGCAUCAGCCGUCUUUCUUCCUACUGAGGCCAUAAAAAUAGUGAGAAGCAGGCAAGUGUCCCUUCAAUCAUUUUCACACAUACAAAAAAGAUUUAUUUUCACAAAUUAUUCCUGGAAGCAUGUGUUAAAAGCAAACACUAAGCAGUUCCAAAGAAGCAAUUCUAUUUUAUUGUGUUGAGUUGACUUUGCAAACUUACUCUUAAAGUACUUCUGGACUCAAUAAGUGAUCCAGCUGAUAAUGAUCUGCUAAAUAAUAAAAGCUAUUGUUUGAAACUGCAGAUGGUAAUACCAUGUUCUGAGCUAAACCCAGUCAGUGAUCCUGCUUUUUUUCAUCACUUAAUAGCUUUUUCAGCUAUGGACAGAUGAAUUAAAUAGUAAUACAAAGCUUUGUUUUAUUCUGUUUGUGUCAUGGCUAUGAAAAUUGCCCAUGAAAAGACAACAAAAUGGAGAGUAAGGGGGUUGGAUCCCUACCCCCCACAAAAAAAUGUAGAAAAUGGUAUUCUACACACUAGUGUGAGACACCAUCCAGUCUAUUAAAAUCUCUGGGGAUGUCCUAGAACAAUUGUAGAUGUGUAAAGGAAAAUGUUAGCAUGGUAUGGGUGAUAACUAUUGUUCUUAAUAGUUCUGCUGCCAACAAAUGUCUAUAGACAGUAUGAGAUAGAUAUUCACAUAACCUGUGAUUAUUCUUGAUACAGAAAAUGCCAUUUUAUAUUUGUUGCCAA